GCUAGCACUACCGCCGCCUAGACUACGCAGACGACUCAAGCUGAAAAGGGAUUCCGAGUAGCAGCCGAUCCAGGAGAUGCCGAGAACGCCAUCACGAAGAUCGAAACGCAGGGCCUUCCGGCCGACCUGCGCGUAUCUUCAAAACCUUAACACCUUCCUUCUACCCUCGACAAUCGCCAACGCCAACACCCUGUGGUCCUCCUUCUGGACAAGGCAGACGCUGCAGUAGUCAUGGCCGAGGCCGAAGAGCCUAGCCAACUCUCGGGCAGUCUACAGGCCGUAUUAUCACAAUGGGGGUUACCGGAGCUGGUCCACCUUGACCUAGUUCAGGAGCGACGCCUCCGUCGAGAAGAAGCCGAGAGGAUGAUCGACUUUGUCCGACAGGAUCGGCAGACCAGAUUUGGCAUCUCGGACGUGGGUUCGUUGAAAGGAAAUGUGUCUCAACACACUCCUCCCUCCCCAGAAGUUGCUGGGGGAAAUUCUAUUUCCACGGCUAUCAGCAAAGAGCCGACCGCAUGCGGUGCUACUUCAACUCUACAAAACCAAUGGAGCAUUGCCUUGGAACUUUUCCCGGUAUAUGCAUCAGACGAGGGCCCUUCCGAUGGCAAGUCGAAGGUUCUUGAUGGAAGUCACACGCAAAAUCAUCUCAAGGAUGCCAUUCCGUCGUCAAAUAACACGAGUCCAACAAAUUGCUCCUCCAGCGCACGCAGCACACCUCCCGCAAUCACCCCGGCGCCAGCUUCUAAUCUAACCGCGUCAAGUCCUGAGAACUCUUCCCAGAAGCACCGCUACUCUCCAAUUUCUCGCGCUGGAACGGAUGUGACGCUACCGUGGCUAACGACUGUGUUGCGCGUAAACGACGCCUUGAAGCGGGCCAUGGAUAUGGCGCUCCCAUUACCAGUAGACGUGACGACCGCAGCCAAUGACCUGGCGGCAACCGUCGCCAACCGAGCGAAAACGUCUACCAUUGAGGCCUGUAGAGGACACUGGGAAACCUCGUUCAUUUGCGAUUAUAUUUCAAGGGCAGUGGACGAGAAAAUGGGCGGGCUCCCGCGCGGCCAAGGGAAACAAAAACAGAUCCAAAUGGAGAUUAUUGAUAAAAUAAUUGCCUUAUCUGGUGAAUCAUCCGCACAUACAGCAAAGACCAGAUCUCGGCACCAGCUAUACUUUCAGUUCAUGUCAGACUUGCGGAGAGAAAGUCCAAAAUGGGCUGUAGUCUACAUGACCGAUACCAUCCGGAGCCUUCUCACCAACUCCAAGGUAGACGCAGCGACCCUGAUUUCAAUAUCCAAAGCUUUCGGCCAGCCUAUUCUGCGGCCCAUCCAUCGACUGGAAGAAGAAUGGAGCGGCUCCUCCCGCUGA